GGCUGUCCAAUGCUGCUUCUGCCUCCACCAUGGCAAAAAUCAUCCUGAGGCACCUCAUAGAGACUCCAGUGCGUUACCAGGAGGAGUUUGAAGCUCGAGGUCUGGAAGACUGCAGGCUGGAUCAUGCUUUAUAUGCCCUGCCCGGGCCAACCAUCACCGACCUGAGUAAGGCCAGGGCGGCGCAGCCUCCUGCAGCGGACGCGGAGGCACAGAUGCUGCCCCGGGAAGACAAAUCCCGCUUUCAAAUCCUGCUGGAUGUGGUCCAGUUCCUCCCCGAAGACAUCAUCAUUCAGACCUUCGAGGGCUGGCUGCUCAUAAAGGCACAGCACGGAACCAGAAUGGACGAGCACGGUUUUGUCUCACGAAGCUUCACCCGACAGUACAGACUGCCGGAGGGCGUGGAGACCAAAGACUUGUCCGCGAUCCUCUGUCACGAUGGAAUUCUGGUGGUGGAGGUAAAGGGUACAGCCAGGGCUCAGUGAAGCCUUAUCGGUUCCUGUUCACAAGACACUGAGAUUCUUAUA